AUGACCUCGCCCGGCAACCACCACGAUGACCUGCCCACCCACAACCCCCACUACUCGCUGCUCGGCGAGAACCUCAAGCUCUUCUCUGAUGCCGGCUUCGACAUGGACAAGAUCCACCUCAAGCGCAACGCCUCGGUCGCCCAGCUGUACGAGGAUGCUAUCCAGAAGGAGGGCGCCGUCAUCUCGUCGACGGGUGCGCUGAUCAACUUUUCCGGCAAGAAGACGGGCCGAUCGCCCAAGGACAAGCGCAUCGUCUUCGAGGAGACGUCCAAGGACCAGGUCUGGUGGGGCCCCGUCAACAUCAAGAUGGACGAGCACACGUUCGAGAUCAAUCGCGAGCGCGCCAUCGACUACCUCAACACCCGCGAGGACAUCUACGUCUUUGACGGCUUCGCCUGCUGGGACCCCAAGUACCGCAUCAAGGUCCGCGUCAUCUGCGCCCGUGCCUACCACGCCCUCUUCAUGCACAACAUGCUCAUCCGGCCCACGCCCGAGGAGCUCGAGAACUUUGGCGAGCCCGACUUUAUCAUCUACAACGCCGGCCAGUUCCCCGCCAACCGCUUCACCGCCGGCAUGACGUCGACGACGUCGGUCGAGAUCAACUUUAAGCGCCGAGAGAUGGUCAUCCUCGGCACCGAAUACGCCGGCGAGAUGAAGAAGGGCGUCUUCUCGGUCAUGCACUACCUCCAGCCCGUCAAGUUCAAGCAGCUCUCGCUCCACUCGUCGGCCAACGUCGGCGCCGACGGCGACGUCACCCUCUUCUUUGGCCUCUCGGGCACCGGCAAGACGACGCUCUCGGCCGACCCCAACCGCGCCCUGAUUGGCGACGACGAGCACGUCUGGACCGACACCGGCGUCGCCAACAUCGAGGGCGGCUGCUACGCCAAGACCAUCGGCCUCUCUGCCGAAAAGGAGCCCGAAAUCUACCACGCCAUCCGCUACGGCUCCAUCCUCGAGAACGUCGUCUACGACAAGCACACCCGCGUCGCCGACUACGAGGACGCCUCGAUCACCGAGAACACGCGCUGCGCCUACCCCAUCGAGUACAUCCCCAACGCCAAGAUCCCGUGCAUGGCCAACUCGCCGCCCAAGAACAUCAUCAUGCUCACCUGCGACGCCUACGGCGUGCUGCCGCCCGUCUCGAAGCUGUCGUCGGACCAGGCCCAGUACCACUUCAUCGCCGGCUACACGUCCAAGACGCCCGGCACCGAGGACGAGAUCUCGUCGCCCGUCCCCACCUUCAGCGCGUGCUACGGCCAGCCCUUCCUGGUGCUCCACCCGCGCGUCUACGCCGCCAUGCUCGCCGAGCGCAUGCAGCGCCACAAGGCCGACGUCUACCUCAUCAACACGGGCUGGGUCGGCGGCAAGUUUGGCGUCGGCAAGCGCUGCCCGCUCAAGUACACGCGCAAGAUCAUCGACGCCGUCCACAACGGCUCGCUCGCCAAGGCCGAGUACGAGGACUUUAACACGUUCAACCUCAAGGUGCCCAAGGCCGUCGAGGGCGUCCCCAGCGAGCUCCUCAACCCGGCCUCGGCCUGGAGCGACAAGAACGCCUUUGCCGCCGAGGUCAAGAACCUCGCCGGCCUGUUCAAGGACAACUUUGAGAAGUAUGCCGCCGACGUCGCACCCGAGGUCGCCGCCGCCGGCCCGUCGGCCUGA